AUGGUCAAAGCACCAAGAAGAAACUCUUCAUGCCAAGUUGAGAAGAUCUCCCGCCCAGUCAGAGAAUGUGCCAAGAAACCAGGAGAGCAAGCUGAAGAAGCCGAUGAGAAGGUCGAGAGAAAGACAAAAUAUUCAAGAGAAUAUGCGCAACCAAAGGAGACCAAGGCCAACAAAGAUGAGCUUAACUGCUAUAAGCUCUUUCCCAGAAAGAACUCGAAAACCUUCAACAUGAUGAAUCUCAUAGAAAUGGGAAAAUUUGAAGAGAAAGCGCUUGAGGGAAUUAAGAUGGUCAAGCAAGUCGCCGGGAGAGCAGUCGACGUCGUGGUCAUCUCGACCGGGGUCGCUCUUCAAUGGGCAUACGCCAUUUUUGCCCUUCAAGUGAGAAUGAAGUCACUCCCAGGCGACAGGCCCUUGAUUCGGAUGCCAACCGAUGAAGAGCUCAUGAAUGGUUCGGUCCGGCUCGCCAGGAAACGAAUGGAGUACUGGACAUGUCGCCAUAUGGAACAAAUGGAAUACUGCGAAGAUGCAUUAGACUUUUCCACGGUGCAACGGAUCAAAGCAGAAAAAAGAAUCGAAAGUAUCAUCAAUGCCGGCUUUCGUUCGCAGACGCUUGCUGCCGAAGAUUCUCGGAUCCUUCUCCAAAUAACCGAUGAUGUCCGAAUGUUUGUCGAUAGUGGGAUCGAAGAUCCAUUCAAGAAGAUGACCGACGGAAUGUACCAUGAGCACAUUAAGGAGAACGUUGUAGAUGAAAAUGAGAAAGAUCUGGUCGCCGAUCAUCGUAAGUUGAAUCGAUUUUCAGAAGAGUUUGAUUGCAAGUGCACCAAUGGCUGUACCAAGGAUUGCCCGUGUGCAAUUAUGAACAAAGCCUUCUACGAGGGAGCAAUUCAUGACCCGGAGUUCAUCCGCCACUACGGGUGCAGCGAAUCUUGCAACUGCAAAGGAAAGUGCAAAAAAGCGUUUCCGAAGCCACCAGCAAAUUCCACUGAAAUCGUUUUCCACCACCGGACAGCGAAAGGUUUUGCGCUCGUCGCGAAACAAUUUUUCGCACCAGGCGAGCCAGUGGCAGAGAUGAGAGGAGAGUAUUGCCGCACCAAUACUGCUCCCAAACUCGAUCAGUAUAUUAUCGACAUCACGACAAACGACAUCGAAGAGAUUUAUAAAGCCUACUUCCAGCACAAUCGCCAAUCACCUGAUGGAGUGGGCGCACUCAGCCCGGAUUAUGAAGAAGCUCUCAAAGCCGUGAUCAAGUCGGGAAUCAGUCUCAACCCGAGAAAUAAGAGCUCCGAGGGCAGAUUCGCGUCGUCCUCUUGCCUCGGGAACACAAAAGUGAAUUUUGUUCACGAACGUGGAGUGAGCCCCACCAACGCUCGGGUCAUUUUCACCGCCACGAUGCCAAUAUUCCCGACGCAGGAGGUGACAUGGUUCUACAGCGAUCAGUAUAUAUGGGAACAGCUCCGCAACGUCUGUCUGUGCGGAGAGCUAUGUUGCGUUACCAACGUGAAACUGUUCCCAUUCAUCACUGAUGCCCAGCUGUUGAAAUUCCACAAAACUAUUUAUGAAUCCCAGUUGGAGCAGUUCCUCGAGAACACCAAGUAA